CGGAUCGAUCACGACCGUAUUGUACGCUGUCACUAUUAUUGGCAACGAGAAAAAGGGAUUUGCCAAACAGGACUCUGUACGUACGAAAAACCUUCGGAAUUCCCUUCGAGAUGACUUAAAGUUUGAUUGGAAAAUCCUUUUUGUGACGAGGGAAAUUUCUUCAUGUAUAUAGUUUCUCACGGAGGGAGUAAUAUAACGCUGAAAGAAGGAAAGAAAGCUUCUUGAACUAGUCCUAUCUUUUACUCUUUGACUGGCGAGAUUUUUUAUCGAGUUUUAACCCUGUGAAAUGUGGUCGCUGUCGACCAUGUAACGGUUGGAUUUUUCGUUAUUUUUGAUCAUAACAUAGACAAUCUUAAUUAGCGAGUUUGGAGUAUGAGUGCAAGACCAAGAACAACGUCGUUUGCAGACGCCAAAGGCAACAAUCCUGCGUUUGGGGGCUUUAAAAUUUCACACAAAGAUGGCAAUCGGGUCACGACAGUCAUGGCGACGUCGGGCGCUGUCUCGAACGCCAGACAAGAGGCCUGCAAUGUGGAGAUCUCGUACUCCGAAACCAAAAUCAUCGGCAAUGGGUCGUUUGGUGUGGUACAUCAAGCCAAGCUCACUGAUACAGGAGAGAUGGUUGCAAUAAAGAAGGUCUUACAAGAUAAAAGAUUUAAGAAUCGAGAGUUGCAGAUCAUGAGAAAGCUUGAGCACUGCAAUAUCGUCAGGCUGAAAUAUUUCUUCUACUCCAGUGGUGAAAAGUCCAGCGGCUCGGGAAAGCAGAAAGAUGAGGUGUAUCUGAAUCUAGUGUUGGAGUACGUUCCAGAGACAGUGUAUAGGGUAGCGAGACAUUACAGCAAAAACAAGCAGACGAUACCAAUAUUAUACGUCAAGUUGUACAUGUACCAGUUAUUCCGCAGUCUAGCCUACAUUCAUUCUCUAGGAGUCUGCCAUCGAGAUAUUAAGCCACAGAACUUGCUCUUGGAUCCAGAAUCAGGGGUACUUAAACUGAUAGACUUUGGAAGUGCAAAACAACUAGUACCAGGUGAGCCUAAUGUAUCUUACAUCUGCUCAAGGUACUACAGAGCACCAGAACUCAUCUUUGGUGCCACAGACUACACAUGCAAUAUAGAUGUAUGGUCAGCCGGCUGUGUCCUAGCUGAAUUACUCCUGGGUCAGCCAAUAUUUCCUGGGGAUAGCGGAGUGGAUCAACUAGUAGAAAUCAUCAAGGUUCUAGGCACUCCGUCACGGGACCAAAUCCAUGAAAUGAAUCCCAACUAUACAGAGUUCAAAUUCCCACAGAUAAAACCUCACCCAUGGAACAAGGUAUUCCGGCCCAGGACUCCGUCUGAUGCCAUUGAUCUCUGUAGUAAACUCCUGGAGUACACACCGUCUUCUAGGAUAUCGCCUCUUGAUGCUUGCUCCCACAAAUUCUUUGAUGAGCUUCGAGACCCGGGUACUAGGUUACCCAAUACGCGGCCUCUUCCACCGUUAUUCAACUUCACCGCACAGGAACUAGCAAUCAAACCGUCACUCAAUGACAUUCUUAUCCCGCCACAUGCGCGGAGAGAUCCAGUCAGCUCAUCUCAGGGAACCAGUGAAAGUACAGCCACUACUAGUUCGGCAGGGUUACCGAUCAGUGGGGCCAUAGGAGGCGGGAACUAAACCAACUCCGCCCCCUAAGUAGUGACCUCUCCAAGCACCCUAAGGUACACUUGUAGCACAAAGCAGGGGGUUUAGAUAUUCUGGGUUCAUUUGUGUACUGUCUGAUGUUGAAGGAAUGUACAUGGUAAACUAGUUACUGCAGGAAUUUACCAGUUUAUCUUGUGAUCAACCCUGGUUUAAAAAACAACUAGCCAAAUUUAAUGUCAUCAGGUUGUAUUUGCCCUGCUGUUUAAACUUCAGUGUUGACUGUUUGCAGGUUAAUCUGGUGUAAUAUUUAAUCCAUCAAUUUCUUCAACAUCAGAUAGUGUACAGAGGAUGGAACUCCCUGUAACUUAAGUAUUUCAAUAUGUGUACAGAUCAGAUAAUUAAGGAAUCCUUGUAAAAUAUUCCCUGUUGUUAUAUACAAAGUCUCAUAUUAAUGAUGGGGCUAAAAAUAGGUGUCAAUAAUCAUCCAAGAAUCAUAUCUUAAUUUAUUGCUCAGAAUGUGGCUUUUUUUUAGACUAUCCUGCUUCCAGUCUCAGAUUGUGGGUCAUGUGGCAUGCCGAGAAAUGCUGCCACAAUGAGUUUAAAAGCUAGCAUUAUAAAAAAAAACAAAUGAAGGAAAACUGAAAACAUGAUCCAACUUUCAUCAGUUGUCGCUGAAUAAAAUUGACUCUUUUGGCUUUCUGGGAUACACAGUGUGUUUUUGGAUAUUAGUUGCACUUGUUUUUAGCCCAUGUACAGGAUUGGGACGUCAUAUGUCCCUUUAAAUUAAGACCAUCGUUAGGGGAAGAAUGAGGAAUAGAGAUGUCUGGUGUAGCUUCUGACAGGUGCCAACAUUGCAAACUAACCUGCUAACAUCUCAGUUGAUUGUAAAUUGAUUACUCAAAGAAAACGUGUACAGUGGCUUGAAUUGUCCCUCUCAUUUUGUACCAUUCCUGAGAUCUGAUAUAUUUCUGCUAUGAAAAUCUCAAAAUAAAACACUGGAUAUCCUAUUCCUCAUUCUUUCCCUGUGACCUUCUUCCAACUAGUAUUCCCAGUAAACCCGAUGUUCAUUUUGUAAAAUGGACAAUCUGUACAUAUAGUUUGGAUUAUUGUAUUAUUUACUUCGUCAUAUCUGUGUACUGAUCUCAAUAUUCUUUUUCCCAGUUUCCUUUGGUAACCUUAGUGAAGUUCAAACUGUAAAUCCCCCUUCCCCAACUUUGUACUUCAAGUUCAAAAUAGAUGAUUGAAUUUAACCAGGAGUAUACUAUUGUAAUGAUCAUUUGAAUUGGAUCAGUUUGAAGUCAGGAUCUUGAAUUCUGUGGCAUUGUUUGUCCUUUGUUCACAAUACUAUGUCACACCAUUCUAAUGAAUACUUGAGCUGAGACUUAAGCGUGGUGUGCAUUAUCUGUUCCACAUGUUCAAACAGAAUUGUUCACAGAUUAUACUGAUUCACUACAGUGUUUUGUUUGCAAAGUGCCAGUGCCUGUAUAAUAUUCAUCUCAAUAGUUUGAUUUUUAAUAGGUCCCUACUGUGAAUGUAAGAAUGUGAUGUCUGUUGUUGUUACACCUUUGGUUUGUGGGUUGGCUGUUCUGUUGAUCAUUAGUGUGAUUCCAUUGUCUAGUCAGUGUUUACUUAUAGCUGCAACCCUGCAAAAAUCUGAACAUUUGUCCAUCAAUUUUUUUAAUAGAUUUGAAUGGGUGUUGGUCCAAAUCAAUGGUCAAUAUUGGAGACAUUGAGGUUGUACAAGAGACAAAAGGCAACACUAGCCAAUCAAACUCGUUGUUAUAUGAAGGAAGAAAACAAUUUCAACCAAUGACAGAUCUUGAUAUGUAUGAUUUUGGAGAGCAUCAGAUCUCUUGCAUCAAAAGUAUUCUCCCUUUUGGAACCUUUUUUAUUUUAUUAAAUGUCAAUUUUUAGUAGUUUUUGCACACACAAAUUUGAAGAAAUGUGAACAAGGUCUCGUAGUCUCCAAAAACAACAUCUAAAACAGAUUUUGAAGAUUGUAAGAUGUUCAAUUUUUAUCGUGUAAGAUUUAAGGUUGAGAGACGAAAUUGUGGAAAAUUUGAACAAUUUUUAAACGUGUGUCUUGUAUUUUUAAUGACUGAGCCAUGAAUUUUGUGUCUGAAGCCCUCCUCUAGUAAGAAGUGGCAAUUUUCUGUUUUUAAUUGAUUUUUGUUCCCGUUUAAGUCCAUUUAUAUCGUUGUUGGAAAGUCAAAGACUCCACCAUGCAGUGAAAACCAUUUCCGUAACCAUGGCAACCAUUUAGUUAGUAACGAGGCAGGAAGUUUAUACUGUGUGUGUACCAUUGAAUGUCGAAAUACUACUAUCAGCCCAUUUCUGUUAGUUGGUCAGACGUCAAAUCUGAGACAAAUGUUUGAAUAUAUCUUUCUAUGGGAGCCUUUACAGCAUUAAUGGCACAGUGAUUUGUAAAUUUGUACAGUCAAGGGGGUUAUUUUUUAGUUAUUCUUUUAUUCUUUAGAAAAGUGUAAAUUAUUGAGUUGAUUUCUUAAGGAAUCUUAUUAACUCGGAUGUGAUUGGCCUUGUGUUUUGGAACAAGGCAGUUUCACAUCCAAGUUGUCCUAUUUUCCUUUUGUUCAGUGAUUUGUUGAUGAUUAACUCAGUUUUGUAAAUCAUAAUUUCUUAACACACACACACACCAUACACCCCACCAUUUGUAGUUGCUACGGAUAAAUGCUUGUUGUCCUUAGCAACAAAGUUGCCAUGGUGAUUGGCGAUAUCCAUGCAAAGUAGUUGUCUGAAAGUAUCUAUAGAUAAACAUGUGAACAUGAAUAAAACAAGCCUACCGUGUAAAGAAACUCCCAA